UCCCACCCCCCAAGCUUGCACCCUCGCCCAAUUCAUCUCCUCUCAAUCUACGAUGUUCACCAACAGGGCUCUCAGCACUGCUCUCCGAGCUGGUGCCCCCCGCGCCCCAAUUGCUGCUCGCAUCACCGCGACACGGAGCUACGCAGCAGCCGCACCACCGAGCGCUUCAACGAAGCCGCCCGUUGCGCUAUUUGGCGUUGACGGGACAUAUGCAUCUGCUCUGUACACGGCCGCCGCCAAAACUAGCACUCUAGAGCCCACCGCCCGAUCGCUCGAAACCCUUUCCAGCCUCUUUAAGAGGGAUGCUAAGCUUGCCGCGGUCCUCGGAGCCCCUACCCUCAAUGUCUCGGAUAAGCAACAGAUUGUGGCGGAGUUGGCUAAGCACCUCGGCGGCCAGGAUCGGGAGGGUGUGGUGAAGAACUUCUUGAACACGCUUGCGGAGAAUAACAGGUUGGGCGUUUUGGAGAGCGUGUGUGAGAAAUUUGGUGUUUUGAUGGGCGCGUAUCGGGGGGAGGUUGAGCUGACGGUUACGAGUGCUGCGCCUCUCGACAACCGCACCCUCAGCCGACUCGAAGCAGCCGUCGCAAAAUCGCAAUACGUUGGCCAAGGCAAGAAGCUCAAAGUUGUUCCCAAAGUCAACCCAGACAUCCGCGGAGGCCUUGUCGUCGAAAUCGGUGACCGCACUAUCGAUCUCUCUGUCUCCUCCAAGAUGGCCAAGAUGAAUAAACUGCUUAAGGAUAGUCUAUAAAUAUUUCGCAAAGAAUUGCUUGAUGGAUAUGUGGCGGCAUGGGCGGAUUGCUGGGUGGAUAUGAUAUGUAUUCUAGAUGGUUCUGAUCAAAAUACAUCUACUUUGUUCACGUUUUGUGUUUGUGCUGGAGGUGUUUGUCGGCGGUUGUUUCCACUGCCUUGGGUUUUGUCCUAAUCACCAGAUGUCUAAGUUAUGACCAAAACGUAAUCUUAC